AUGUGCUUUCACCAAAAAUCGCAAAAAAGGAAGAUCUCCCAUCAACAAAAAGGAGAAAAUGGAAGAAAAUGUACAAAAAAUUAUGGAAAUGAUGACAGGAUUAAUCUAAAAAGCCACAAGCAAACCCAUCUCUGCGGUAAGCUCGAAGAACUUCCGGAAGUUGACCGACAUGUAUACUUCCCUGCUCCUUCGCCUUUAUCGUCAUCCACCUGGGUACACACCAGACCAGCUAUGCAUUUGCAGGGACAACCAGUUUUUUAUAUAUCGUACCAUCUGGUCGACUACUGCUAUAAUAUUACGUUUUUGACACGAAACGGUUCCUUCGAGUUGAACCCAAAAGGAGAGUUGUUGUGCACUUUCAAGAUUCAUCUUCCCUAUGGGAAUAGAGUGGCUCUUAAGUUAUGGAUAGGAGAUAAUGAAGCUACAGUCCCUAAAGAAUAUAAUGUGAGAAGACAUUACACAACAGUGCAUGAAAAUAAGCAUGCUACGUACACAAAUGAAAGUCGGCGUGCGCUAGUUGCAGAUUUGAAGAAAAAGCUUAAACAGCAAACUGGUAUGUUCAGUAAAAUAUUACACUCUCAAACGCAUUCUUUGCAUGCAUCUUAUGCCGUGUCGCUUGAGCUGGCAAAGACAAGAAAACCUUUCACUGAUGGCAAUUUGAUAAAAAAAUGUGCUGUUGAAAUGGCCAAAGCUUUCGGUGAUUCUAAAAUGGCGGAGAAAUUUGAGUCAGUGCCACUUUCACAUCAAACCAUACAAAGAAGGAUUGUUGCUAUGGUUGAGCAAGUAGAAAAAUCUAUGCUUAGCCUGGUUAAGAAAAGUUCAUAUUUCUCACUUUGUUUGGAUGAAAGCACUGAUCAAACCGAUGUUAGUCAGCUGUUAAUAUUUGUGCGCACUACUUUUGAUGAUUUUACCAGUAAAGAGGAGUUAUUUGAUAUUUGUCCUCUUUAUGGAACAACGAAAGGAAAAGACAUCUAUGAGGCUGUGAAGAAAACAGUUGACAGAAUUGGACGCUUUGAUAAAUGUUCAGCCAUAGCAACAGACGGGGCCCCAUCAAUGACAGGUUCUCCUGAGACAACUGUAAACUUUCAAGAUUUUAGAAACGGCCAGGAGAAGUGCGAUGGGUUACUCAUCCAACUACAGGAUGGGACCUCCUCAUGGGCUCACUGUACAAAGUCAGGAGAUGGACAAAAACAAAUCGAGAUUGUCUCUAGAGAAAAUAGAGUGGUGCUGAAAGUCCGAAUAAGAUCCUCUUCAGCAAAAAGCAGCACAUUUGCUUUGAAAAUGUCAUACCGCGCGGAACCAGUGGAAAGUGUAGUGGGGUUGUGCGAUUUUGGUUGGGUGGUACUGAGACAGUUUUGUAUCGGAGCAAUGGAAGGGUUAAAGCUACCGUGGGCGCAGGCGGAAAUGGAAUGUGCGCGAAAAGGUGGCCACCUGGUGAGCAUCAGGAGUGAAAGGGAUCAACACAUCAUCGACAAUUUGCUUGUUAAUACAUCACAAAAGAAGUCUGACGAAAACUACAAAGAACUGUUGAUAAGUGAUAUAAGUGAAGAUGCUCUUUGUUUAAGUAAAGAUCUUCAUGAAUGA